UCUGUGAUUCCCUCCAGCUCUGUGUUGGAGGGCAGUUCAGUGACUCUGAUCUGCAGCAGUGAUGCAAAUCCAGCAGUGUUGAACUACACCUGGUCCAGAGAGAGUGAAGGACAGUUGGAGCAGCUGCAGACUGGACACACUCUUACCUUCAAUAGGACCGACCUGAAACACAGAGGCUGGUACCACUGUACAGCUCAGAACAAACAUGGCGACCAAAACUCAUCAGUGAUGCUGGACAUUCAGUAUGGCCCCAAAAACAUGUCAACUUUAGCGAUUCCCUCCAGCUCUGUGUUGGAGGGCAGUUCAGUGACUCUGAUCUGCAGCAGUGAUGCAAAUCCAGCAGUGUUGAACUACACCUGGUCCAGAGAGAGUGAAGGACAGUUGGAGCAGCUGCAGACUGGAGACACUCUUACCUUCAAUAGGACCGACCCAACGGACAGAGGCUGGUACCACUGUACAGCUCAGAACCAACAUGGCAGCCAGAACUCAUCAGUGAUGCUGGACAUUCAGUAUGGCCCCAAAAACAUGUCAACUUUAGCGAUUCCCUCCAGCUCUGUGUUGGAGGGCAGUUCAGUGACUCUGAUCUGCAGCAGUGAUGCAAAUCCAGCAGUGUUGAACUACACCUGGUCCAGAGAGAGUGAAGGACAGUUGAAGCAGCUGCAGACUGGAGACACUCUUACCUUCAAUAGGACCGACCUGAAACACAGAGGCUGGUACCACUGUACAGUUCAGAACAAACAUGGCAGCCAGAACUCAUCAGUGAUGCUGGACAUUCAGUAUGCCCCUAAAAUCUCUUCGUCCUCCAGCUGUUACAGAACUGAUGUACCUGUGUGUUUCUGUGAGGCUGAUGGGAAUCCCUCUCCUGAACUGGAGUGGCAUCUGUCUGGACGUCCUGUCACUAACUCUUCAAACACGUUCAUCAGUGAAGAGCGAUUGAGCAGCACAGGCUUGAGGAGCUCCAUCACUCUACAUCAGUCACUCACAAACACAUCCACUCUGCAGUGUGUCAGCAAAAACACUCAUGGAACUGCAAGAAAACAACUUCAGCUGCCUCUCUCUCAUCUGCAGUUUGCAGAUGCCCCUAAAAUCUCUCCAUCCUCCAGCUGUACCAGAACUGAUGUAACUGUGUGUUUCUGUGAGGUUGAUGGGAAUCCCUCUCCUGAACUGGAGUGGCAUCUGUCUGGACGUCCUGUCACUAACUCUUCAAACACGUUCAUCAGUGAAGAGCGAUUGAGCAGCACAGGCUUGAGGAGCUUCAUCACUCUACAUCAGUCUCUCACACACACAUCCGCUCUGCAGUGUGUCAGCAACAACACUCAUGGCACUGCAAGAAAACAACUUCAACUGCCUCUCUGUCAUCUGCAGUUUGCAGAUUGUCAGAAGGCUACAGUUUCACUCUUAAUUAUAUUAACACUGAUUCUGGUUCUGUACGCUUUGACUGUUGGACUUGGACUCUACAAAAUGAGACAAUUGUCCACCAAGCUGAAGGCUCAGAAUGAGGCAGCCGACACAUAUGCUUCUCUUCAUCUCUCUGCUCCACCCUCUGAAUAUGACACUCUGAACAUUAAGAGAGGCUCUCCCCACAAACCCACAGUGCAGCUGUAUGUGGAGCAGAAGGAGGUGCAGGAUCAGGAGGAGGUGUUGGAGGUGUUGGAGGGGAGCUCUGUGAGUCUGCGCUGCUCUGCUGAGACUCUCUGCUCCUCUCCUCCACCAACUCUCACAUGGAGCUCCACUCCCAGAAUCCCCCUCAGUGAGAGCAGCAGACUACAGGAGCUCAUCUCUGAUCUGAACUUCACUGCUACUCACCGUCAGCACAGAGUCACUUUCACCUGCACUAUAACCUACCAGCUACAGGACGAGAACAAAACAGCACAGAACAACAUCACAUUACAUGUUCAGUAUUCACCUAAAAACUGUCUGAAUGACUGUGUUGGAGGGCAGUUCAGUGAACUGCACCUGGUCCAGAGACAGUGAAGGACAGUUGGAGCAGCUGCAGACUGGAGACACUCUGACCUUCAAUAGGACCACCCUGAAACACAGAGGCUGGUACCACUGUACAGCUCAGAACAAACAUGGCAGCCAAAACUCAUCAGUGAUGCUGGACAUUCAAUAUGCCCCUAAAAUCUCUUCGUCCUCCGGCUGUUACAGAACUGAUGUACCUGUGUGUUUCUGUGAGGUUGAUGGGAAUAUCUUUUUUUUUUGAUGUACAUGUUCGUUAUUUUUACAUCUUGCAUGAUUCUUCUGGUUCUGAUCUUUUUCUCUCUGGUUAAAAAUAUUUCAUUAAAAUAAAAAUGAAAACGUUAUCCAAAGUGCUAAUGAACUGUACUGGUGCUUCAUCAUUUGACCAGCAGAGAGCAGCAUUAUGAGCACAUUAUCUACAUUUUUCCCAUACAAUUAUAAUAUUGUUUAUUAUUUAUAAUAUUGUUUACUUAUAAUAUUGUUUAAUAUUAUCACCUGACUUUUUCCCCUCUCCCUCAUACAUCUAUAAAACCUGUGCACUACAUCUGAGGUUUCCUGAAGCCAAACUAAAGCUUUGUGUGACAACAGACUUAAAUUAGACGAAUGUACAAAUUUAUGCAAGUUUUAUAGUUUUUGUAGCAAUAGACUUUAUUAAUAGAAAUUUAAUUAAAGUCUUUGUGUGGACAAUGCAUGUUAUUGCUGAUCCAGGAAGUACUGCUGUGAUGUCAUGAAAAAGGGAAGUUAUAAUAGAUCUGAUGCACGUCAGUAGAUUAUGGUUUAGAUUCUGUUUCUACAGCACAGCU